CGUGGCCCCGCAGCUCCGCCCCGUCCCGAGGCCGGGCAGGUGUGGGCGGGCCGCUUGGACCCCGCCGAGUCCCGGCAGGGAGAGCCGGCGGGAAACAGGAAGCAGGGGGAGGCGCGCGGCGGCCGGACGGCGGGGAGCCUGGCGUGCGGGCGGACGAGCGGGUGGCUGUGCGGCCGGACGCUGGCCCGGCCGGGGCGGCGAUGUCCGGAGGCCCGGGCAGUCCCGGCGGCCACGGGGCCGGGGGCGGGGCUGGGGGCGCCGCGGACCCCGCCCCGCUGCGCCGGCGGAGCCGCCGCCCGAGCGCCGACCCGGGAGUUCGAGGCGGCGGCGGAGUGCGGGACCCCGAGGACGCGGCCAUGCCAGGAGGGGCCGAGGCGGGGGAGACCGAAGAGGAGGCCGGGGGCGGCUCAGGGUCCGAGGCGGAGGAGGACGCGCUGUGGGAGCGGAUCGAGGGCGUCCGGCACCGGCUGACGCGCGCCCUCAACCCGGCCAAGCUCACGCCGUAUCUGCGCCAAUGCCGGGUCAUCGACGAGCAAGACGAGGAAGAGGUGCUGAGCACCUACCGCUUCCCGUGCCGCGUCAACCGCACCGGGCGCCUAAUGGACAUUUUGCGCUGCCGAGGGAAGAGGGGCUACGAGGCCUUCCUGGAAGCCCUGGAGUUCUACUACCCCGAGCACUUCACGCUGCUCACGGGCCAAGAGCCUGCCCAGCGCUGCUCCAUGAUCCUUGAUGAGGAGGGGCCCGAGGGCCUGACCCAGUUCCUGAUGACGGAGGUGCGGCGGCUGCGGGAGGCUCGCAAGAGCCAGCUGCAGCGGGAGCAGCAGCUGCAGGCCCGGGGCCGGGCGCUGGAGGAGGAGCGGGCAGGGCUGGAGCAGCGGUUGCGGGAGCAACAGCAGGCGCAGGAGCGCUGCCAGCGGCUGCGGGAGGACUGGGAGGCGGGGAGCCUGGAGCUGCUGCGGCUUAAGGACGAGAACUACAUGAUCGCUAUGCGCCUGGCACAGCUCAGCGAGGAGAAGAACUCGGCCGUGCUGCGAAGCCGGGACUUGCAGUUGGCGGUGGAUCAGCUCAAGCUCAAGGUGAGCCGGCUGGAGGAAGAGUGCCUGCUGCUGCGAAGGGCCAGGGGGCCACUCCCUGGGGCGGAGGAGAAGGAGAAGGAGCCCGAUAGCACGGACCUCGUCUCUGAGCUGCGUGCCGAGAACCAGCGGCUGGCGGCGUCGCUGCAGGAGCUGCAGGAGGGCCUGCAGCAGGAGGUGAGCCGGCCGGGGGCCCCCGCCUCAGAGCGCAUCCUCCUGGACAUCCUGGAGCACGACUGGCGGGAGGCGCAGGACAGCAGGCAGGAGCUGUGCCAGAAGCUCCACGCCGUGCAGGGGGAGCUGCAGUGGGCCGAGGAGCUGCGGGACAAGUACCUGCAGGAGAUGGAAGACCUGGGGCUAAAGCACCGAACGCUGCAGAAGGACUGUGACUUGUAUAAGCACCGCAUGGCCACCGUCCUGGCCCAGCUGGAGGAGAUCGAGAAGGAGCGGGACCAGGCCAUCCAGAGCCGAGACCGGAUCCAGCUGCAGUACUCCCAGAGCCUCAUUGAGAAGGACCAGUACCGGAAGCAGGUCCGGGGCCUGGAGGCCGAGCGGGACGAGCUGUUGACCACGCUCACCAGCCUGGAGGGGGCCAAGGCCCUGCUGGAGGUGCAGCUGCAGCGGGUCCAGGGCGGCCCCUACCUCAAGGCCUGUGCCUCGUCCCAUUCCCUGUGCUCCAACCUCAGCAGCACCUGGAGCCUGAGCGAGUUCCCCUCCCCGCUGGGAGGCCCAGAAGCAGCUGGGGAGGCGGCUGCCGUGGGGGGAUCUGAGCCUCACGCCUCGGAGGAGGCCACGGACAGCGAGAAGGAGAUCAACCGGCUCUCCAUCCUGCCCUUCCCCCCCAGCGCCGGCUCCAUCCUCCGCCGGCAGCGAGAGGAGGACCCUGCACCCCCUAAGAGGUCCUUCAGCAGCAUGUCUGACAUCACAGGGAGUGUGACGCUGAAGCCCUGGUCCCCAGGCCUCUCCUCUUCCUCAUCCUCCGAUAGCGUGUGGCCUUUGGGAAAGCCAGAUGGCCUUCUGGCCCGAGGCUGUGGCCUGGAUCUUCUCAACAGAUCUCUGGCUAUCCGAGUGUCUGGCUGGAGCCCCCCGGGGGGACCCGAGCCCCAGGACAAGGGCCCAGAUGGCCUGUCAUUCCUCGGGGACAGCUGGUCCGGGGCCGUGGUGCGGAGGGUGCUCUCUGGGCCAGGGUCUGCGGGGGUGGAACCGAGAGAGACAAGGGCAGAGGCUGCUGGCCUGGAGGGGGCAGGCCUGGAGGGCGAGGCCCAGCAGAGAACCUUGCGGUGGAACCAGACGUCCACACCCCCGCUCCUGAUGGACUUCAAGGCCUGCCAGUCCUUCCAUGAAGCCCUGGACUCCUGGGUGAAGGGGCCAGGGGCCGAGCCCUUCUACAUUCGAGCCAACCUCACCCUGCCCGAGCGGGCUGACCCACAUGCCCUGUGCGUGAAAGCCCAGGAGAUCCUGCGGCUAGUGGACCCGGCGUACAAGCGACGGCAGGAGUGGUUCUGCACACGGGUGGAUCCCCUCACGCUGCGGGACCUGGACCGGGGCACUGUGCCCAAUUAUCAGAGAGCCCAGCAGCUCCUAGAAGUUCAGGAAAAAUGCCUCCCCUCCAGCAGACACCGGGGGCCCCGCAGUAAUCUGAAGAAGCGAGCCCUGGACCAACUGCGGCUGGUGAAGCCCAAGCAUGGGGGGAGUCCUGCUGGGGACUCCCCGGAGCAGCUGCUGCUGGAGCCCUGCUCAGGUGCGUGCUCAGAGCCAGAGCGGAGCCUCAAGCCCUACAGCCUGGUGCGGCCCCUGCUGGUGUCUGCCCUGCGGCCUGUGGUGCUCUUGCCCGAGUGCCUGGCACCCCGGCUCAUCCGCAACCUCCUAGACCUGCCCAGCUCCCGGCUGGACUUUCAAGUGUGUCCCGCAGAAAGCCUCUCUGGGGAGGAACAGUGCACACUGUCAGCGCCUGGAGCCCCCAAGGCCCGGCCUGCCACCCCUGGGCUGGGCAGCAGGAUCCGUGCCAUCCAAGAGUCUGUUGGGAAGAAGAAGCACUGCCUGUUGGAGCUGGGUGCUCGGGGAGUGCGGGAGCUGGUCCAGAAUGAGAUCUACCCCAUCGUCAUCCAUGUGGAGGUGACGGAGAAGAAUGUUCGGGAAGUCAGCAGGGCUCUGCUGGGCCGGCCCGGCUGGCGGGACUCGGAGCUGCUGCGGCAGUGCCGGGGCUCGGAGCAGGUGCUCUGGGGGCUGCCCUGCUCCUGGGUGCAGGUGCCCGCCCAUGAGUGGGGCCACUCGGAGGAGCUGGCCAAAGUGGUGCGCGGCCGCAUCCUGCAGGAGCAGGCCCGCCUCGUGUGGGUGGAACGCGGCAGAGGCUGCAGCAGCAACAGCAGCGAGGCCUGAGGGGCCCCUGCGGAUGCCCGUGCCUUCCUCACGCCCUUCAGAAGCCACCAGCAGGGACCUUGGUGUCUGGGACCUAGACCCUGGGACACUCGACGUGGGGCCCCGGCCUCUGGGCUCUCUCCCUGCAGCAGCCCCUGGGGCAGGGCUUCCUCCCACCCUUGCACCUGCUGCUGUGGGCCUUCCCGUGGUCCCGUGUCUCCACGGACCCAUUCCGCGGGUCUCACACACAUAGCUGUGUUCUUUCGCUGCUCACCUCGGAGGUCUGUUCUCAGCCCUGUGCACUGGUUUGCACGUGAAAGUUCUCACGGGGCAGGCUCAUGUCUGCCCCGCCCCCAGCACACGCGGUCUCCCGGCUCCACGGCCCCUGCUGUUCACAGGAGCCCCGAGCCCCGUCGUGCGGGACGCCUCCCCGUCCAGCUCACGUUCCUUGUACAUACCUCCAUGGGGGCAUCGUGGCUUCCCCAGGCCGCUGUCACCCUUCGUGUCUUCCUGGCACACGUGCGUCUGUGGUUCUCCCCUGUGUAAAUGUCCUGCCCCCCCCCACCCCCCUGACACUGGGGCACUAACCCAUGUGUGUUCUUGGUGAGCACACCCAGCGCCUGCGCCCCGCCCUGCCCUGCCUCUAGGAGGGAUGAGUGGGGAGGGGGCCGGCCACUCCGAUACCAGAAUGUACAGCUCGUGAAUUUUUAACGGGCCUUUUUCACUCAGAAGCUGCACAUGAUAGAACAUUAAACAGUUUGUCAUAGAAGCUGGUGGGCUUUUGCUUGCUUGCAUCCCUGGCCUGGGGCCCCCUUCUCCUCCCCCCACUUGUUGUCCCCCCUAGUUUAGGCUGGUACCACCUUUCAGGUCCCCGCUCGUCCAUGGGGAGGGUCAGAUUUCACUCCUGACUCAUCCCAGAGCUGCCUGCCAUCUGUGCUGGCAUCACCUUACCUGCCCCUGAAUGACCGGAGGAGGCCCCACAGAUGGGCCACCCUGCACUUGCCCCUGCCUAUGUUUGAUCAUCAAAGGGGUGUCCCCUGGAGCUGGGGGCACCGAGCCAGCAGGGUGUCAUUGUAGGCUUGAGGGGCCCGGCUGCUGAGUCCAGGGGACUAAGAACAAAUGCUCGGUGUACUGUUAGGUCCCUGAGACUGCCUCACCAGAGAGGAUGGUCACCUUCAAUGGGAGAAAUCCCGGUGGGCUUCCUGCAGGAGGUGCUGAUUGAGCUUGGGGUGUGGGAUUCCUUUCUUCAAGAAGCACUUAUUGGA